AUGGCAGACGAAAUCAACCACCAAGAGGUUCACGACUUUCUCAUCGAGGUUGCUCACCUCGCUGGAGAUAUGAUCACCAACGCCAAUCCGCUGGUCAGCACAACUUCAACCAAAAAGAACUCUGCCGAUUUGGUCACAGAAACUGAUCAAGCCGUUGAAAAAUUUGUCCUCGGAAAGCUCAAGGAGAAAUAUCCUAGUUACGAUUUUCUUGGAGAGGAAAGCUAUGUUCCUGGAAAGAAGCUCACAGAUAAACCUACUUUUAUCUGUGACCCCAUUGAUGGAACAGUCAAUUUCGUUCACACAUUCCCAAAUGUGUGCAUUUCUCUGGCUCUUUGCGUCUACAAAAUGCCAGUGGUCGGUGUUGUUUACAACCCCUAUACCACUCACAUGUACACUGCUAUCAAGAAUCAGGGCUCCUACCUUAGCAUGCCUGUUCGUGCCAGUGGCGCUACCAAUGGCGCCACCCCGACCCCCCACAAGAUCCGCCUUCCUCGCAAGACCUACCCUUCGCCACUUGAAGGACUUUCAAAGGCACUUGUGGCCAUUGAAUGGGGCAGUGACCGCCAGGGUCAUAAUUGGAGAAUCAAGUACGAAACCUUCGCCAAGCUUGCUGCUGGCCCCGAAGAAGGUGGCAAGAUGGUUCAUUCUCUCAGAAGCAUGGGAUCUGCUGCCUUGAACUUCUGCGCUGUUGCAGCUGGAAACAUCGACUUGUAUUGGGAGGGUGGAUGCUGGGCGUGGGAUGUCGCUGCGGGAUGGCUUAUUCUCACCGAAGCCGGCGGUCUCGUGGUUGACACGAACCCUGGUGGGUGGACUCCAGCAGUCGAUGGCCGUAGGUACAUGGCUGUUCGCGGUGCUCCAAGUGGCCAAAAGGAGAUCAUUGAAGAAUUUUGGAACAUUGUUCCCAAUGGUGGAUAUGAUUACUCCGUGUAG